AAGCUGUCCUCACGUCUGUUAAAAUAAUCCCAUAUGAGCAGCAACAAGCAGUGCUUUCUACUCAGAGGAAAUGAAGUAAGUCUGCUGGUUUUUAUUUACAGGGUUUCAGAAAGAAGCUUGUACAUUAUUUACAUGGAAGGAUCAUUUACAGAAGACGGCCUGUAAUGAUGAGCACACAGUAGUCUCUAGAGACGUUUAGACGUUACUGGCUUUGGCUCUAAGCUGCUUUGAGAGACUGAGAUCCAAUCACAGCAGACGCUAUGGUGAAGAGUAAGAAGAAAUCCGGUAAUGUACCAUCCGGUAGAAAAAUAACACUCAAGAUGGCCAGAAAUGCUCUGAAGGUAACUGUGGAUGGGAAACGUCGUCUAGACCUCAGCAACAUGGAGAUAGCCACCUUCCCCAAGUGCAUCCUGAAGCUGUGUGACGUAGAUGAGCUAGAUCUCAGUCGCAACCUGCUCAAGAAGAUCCCAGACACCAUUGACAAGUUUGUGAACCUUCGUUGGCUGGACCUGCACAGCAACCACCUAGAGCAGAUCCCUGCGGCUAUCGGCCGUCUGCAUAAUCUCUACAACCUCAACUUGUGCAACAACCACCUGACCACCCCUGGCAUACCACACGAGUUAGGGAACCUAAAGAACCUACGCAUCCUUAACCUUGGAAUGAACCGGAUAGAUACCCUCCCUCUUUCUAUGGUUGCUCUCAAAGAACUUCGAGAGCUGGGGCUCUUCAACAAUCUCCUGACACAGUGUCCCAAGUUUCUUCAGAACCUCCCAAAACUGCAAAAGGUGAACAUUAAAUCCAACCCCAUUCCUACUGAAGACCAUGUGGAAGUGGACCGCAUCCAGAGAGUUGAGUGUCUGUACCUGGUGCGAGAGGAGUGUCUGUGUCCUGGCUGCUUGAAAGCGUGCAAGGAGACACAGGAGAGGCUAGAGAGUCGAAUAAGCACAGCUUCAACGCAAAAGAGAUCCAUCUUCGCAGGGCUCCUUACACCCAACUCUGUAGCACAAGAGAAUGAGGCUGUGUGGAGGUGAAAACAGUGCUUUUGAAUGUAACACGAUGUAUUAAUAUUGGCACUAGAAUUGAUGAUUGUUAUUUCAUGAAAUCAUAAUAAACAUGUGGGCAUUUACUGUACUAUGCGCUUUUAAGUGACUUGCAAAUGUGAGGAAAACAAUAAAGUGAUUCAUGCUAGGAUGCAAUAUGAGAAGUGCUAUGAUAUCAUGUUUCAACAAUUGUUAUAGACAUACACAACACAAACGCAAGGCAAUACUUAACUCUUUCAUAAGGUAGCUAUUUCAAAUGGAUUUGUACAAGCUGAUUCUGUAAAUACUGUACAAUUUAAUAUGAUCUGUUUUCGACCCGUCAUGUUGUUUGAUCCCACAAAAAUGUCUUUCUUUUGUACGUCAGAACCCAUUUUUCAUUCAGAGCACAGAUUUUUUUUUUUAAAUCUUGUUUUCUGGUUAUGUGAGUAGAUGGUGAUCCUCUUUUCAAUCUUCAAAAGUGUUAAAGAAAUAACUUCACUUGAUUCCUGCUGUAUAUUUAAGGUGUUAUGA